AGUCUGAAGAGAGGCGGGACUCGGGGUGAUAACAGCUGGCUCUGGUGGGUGGGCGGGAGCUGGAGAGGAGGAGCAGGAGAGGCCCACAGGCUUCAUUUGGAGCCAGGCCUGGCUGUUGCUCAGGUGACCAGCUUGUGUCUCUGGGAGGGUGCUGCUUUCCCCGGCCACCCGGCGCGAUGAUCCAGAAUGUCGGAAAUCAUCUGCGACGGGGGUUGGCCUCUGUGUUCUCCAGCCGCACAUCCCGGAAGUCAGCCUCACGUGCAGGGAACGACAGUGCCAUGGCAGACGGCGAGGGAUACCGGAACCCCACGGAGGUGCAGAUGAGCCAGCUGGUACUGCCCUGCCACACCAACCAACGCGGCGAGCUUAGCGUUGGGCAGCUGCUCAAGUGGAUUGACACCACGGCCUGCCUGUCCGCGGAGAGGCACGCUGGCUGCCCCUGUGUCACAGCUUCCAUGGAUGACAUCUAUUUUGAGCAUACCAUUAGUGUUGGACAAGUGGUGAAUAUCAAGGCCAAGGUGAACCGGGCCUUCAACUCCAGCAUGGAGGUGGGCAUCCAGGUGGCCUCGGAGGACCUGUGCUCUGAGAAGCAGUGGAAUGUGUGCAAGGCCUUGGCCACCUUCGUGGCCCACCGAGAGAUCACCAAGGUGAAGCUGAAGCAGAUCACGCCACGGACAGAGGAGGAGAAGAUGGAGCACAGUGUGGCGGCCGAGCGCCGGCGCAUGCGCCUUGUCUAUGCGGACACCAUCAAGGACCUCCUGGCUAACUGCGCCAUUCAGGACGAUCUGGAGAGCAGAGACUGCAGCCACAUGGUGCCGGCCGAGAAGACUCGUGUGGAGAGCGUGGAGCUGGUCCUGCCUCCCCAUGCCAAUCACCAGGGCAACACCUUUGGGGGCCAGAUCAUGGCCUGGAUGGAGAAUGUGGCCACCAUUGCAGCCAGGCGGCUCUGCUGUGCCCACCCUACACUGAAGGCCAUUGAGAUGUUCCACUUCCGAGGCCCGUCCCAGGUUGGCGACCGUCUGGUGCUCAAAGCCAUCGUGAACAAUGCCUUCAAACAUAGCAUGGAGGUGGGUGUAUGUGUGGAGGCCUAUCGCCAGCAGGCUGAGACCCACCGGCGCCACAUCAACAGUGCCUUUAUGACCUUUGUGGUCCUGGACGCAGAUGACCAGCCCCAGCUGCUGCCCUGGAUUCGGCCCCAGCCUGGGGAUGGCGAGCGGCGGUACCGAGAGGCCAGUGCCAGAAGGAAGAUCCGCCUAGACAGGAAGUACAUUGUGUCCUGUAAGCAGACAGAGGUGCCCCUCUCCGUCCCCUGGGACCCUAGCAACCAGGUGUACCUGAGCUACAAUAACGUCUCCUCCCUGAGGAUGCUCGUGGCCAAGGACAACUGGGUGCUAUCCUCGGAGAUCAAUCAGGUCCGCCUGUACACUCUGGAGGAUGACAAGUUCCUCUCCUUCCACAUGGAGAUGGUCGUGCAUGUGGAUGCAGCCCAGGCCUUCCUGCUGCUCUCGGACCUGCGUCGGAGGCCAGAGUGGGAUAAGCACUACCGGAGUGUGGAGCUAGUGCAGCAGGUAGACGAGGACGAUGCCAUCUACCACGUCACCAGCCCUGCCCUUGGAGGUCACACAAAGCCACAGGACUUCGUGAUCCUGGCCUCGAGGCGGAAGCCUUGUGACAAUGGGGACCCCUAUGUCAUCGCGCUGAGGUCGGUCACGCUGCCCACACACCAAGAGACACCAGAGUACAGACGCGGAGAGACCCUCUGCUCAGGCUUCUGCUUCUGGCGCGAGGGGGACCAGCUGACCAAGGUGUCCUACUACAACCAGGCUACCCCAGGUGUUCUCAACUAUGUGACUACCAAUGUGGCCGGCCUCUCCUCUGAGUUCUACACCACCUUCAAGGCUUGCGAGCAGUUUCUCUUGGACAACCGGAAUGAUCUGGCCCCCAGCCUCCAGACCCUCUAGAUGCCCUCAGUGGCCACAUCAUGCCCACUCCCACUCCAUCCUGCCCCCGAGGACUCACAUACAGUGCCUGGAGAAAGCCAAAGGCCUUUAUUUCUUCCUGCCUCCCCGUGGGAAGCCUCCGCCCUGGAGUCCGCUGGCCCACCACCCCUGGGUGCUCAGUUUCUGCCAACAUCGGCCAGCAAGUCCUUGCGGUACCCCUGGGGCAGCCUGUAGUAGACUCGGGUCCUAUCCACAGCCCUGGCUGCCAGCAGCGCUGUCCUCACAGAGGCAUAGUCUCCCCCAGCUGGGCUGUGCUCCACUGUGACGGUGGCCCGGGGGGAGGAUGCCAGCAGGCUGGCUAUGGCUCCAGCUGUGCUGUGGCCCAGCAGUAUGGCCUGCAUCUGGAAGGACACAGGUUGCCAAAGCCCCUGGCACAGCUCUAGCAUAUCUGUGAGCAGAUGUUCUCUGUAGCCACUGCCCAGCACCUCCUCAGGCCAGCCUGGUGCCACAGUCACGUGGGGGAAGACCUCAGCCACAGCUGUAAGCAGCUCUCUGCCAGCCACAUGGCCAGGGACUGAAAAACUCCCGUGGGAGAUUUUGGCCCCAACCCACACAGGCCAAUGCAAGAGGGCAAGUCUGGAGAGGCGUGCCAGCAAAGCCAGGGACGGCCGGAGGGCUGCGGGCUCUGCUAUUUGCAAAUGGAUGCCCCAGUGUCCGGGAUGUGUGGCCAGCUGUUGCAGGCAGGACUCCAGCGUCAGGAUGCUGCCACUUGGAGCAUGAACAAUGGGCACGGGGUUUUCAGCCACGGUUCCCUCGAGGCCAGCGUUCAGCAGGAUCAUGCCUUCUGUGUCUGGAAGAGGCAGCAGAGGCAACAGGGUUUAGGAUUUGGGUUAUCAUAGGUGUUAGAGUCCCUUGUUAAAGGGGUAGUGGGAGUUAUGGAGUCAUCAAGGACCUUGCCUCUCUGGAAUCUGUCAACCCAAUUUUGGGCUCCAGGUGGAUAGGUUGCUUUAUAAACGUGCCUGGUGCAUGAGAAACUCUUGCUUCAGCUCUUGGCCUUUACCCAUGACUCAGUCUGGGGGCUGGUGCCGGCCUUGCCCGUAGCACUGUGGCUGAGGGCUGGUCUGAAGGCCAGGAGCCCUGUGCUCUUGACAUCACUGUACUCCCUCUCCCUCUCCCGCAACCCUGCCCCACCUUGCAUCCAGAGUGUGGUGUAAAUAAACCCAUGCCGUCAUGGCAAUAGAGACCAGUGUUACCUGCCCCAAGCAAAGGAUAUCCCUGCAGAUGAGCUGGGAGCACCGGGGUUGAAGGGUUGACCUUACCUGGGAGGAUCAUUGUUGCUGUUUUACCACUGCCCUGGACGUCAGGAACCAGCCACUCCACAUUCAAACCAUCAUCUCCAGGCAGCUGGAGAAGAGGGAUCAGGCUACCUCCCGUGUAGUACAUUGGUUUCCGUGUGGCAUUCACUGUGGGGCCCCAAAUUGCCAAAGUGAAGCGGCUGCCAUUCAUGGAACACCUUCUGUAGGCCACAGCUCUACAGGCAUCCUCUGUAAACCUCAUGGCACCCUGCCAAGUAGCUCUCAUUUCCUUGUUUUGUAGACUAGAAGAAGUGACUUGCCCAAGGUCUUAUAAGCAGUAAGCAAAGUUGCUGGGAGUAGAAACUGAUGGGACCAGGUCCGCCUGGCCCCAGAGCUGGUAUCCUUCGCCCUCGCUUAGGUGGCUUCCAUGGCAGGAAUGCAGAGUCUGAUGGGGCCCUUUUGAGAUGGCUUAACUGCGGCUCUUCUGGGUUCGGGGACAAGGGAAUGAGGGGUUUGGAUGGUGACAUCUGAUCACUGCUUAGCAAAUACAGUGGAGGCCUCUGAAGCAUUAGAGUAACCCACAGUGGAGCUGUGCACCAAGGGAAAUAAUGGGGGGUUUGGAAUUUGCUGGUUUCCUGUCUGCUGGGCCACAUAUAAGCUGAGUGACUGUAUUGAGCCGCUGUUUCUCUAUAAAAUGGAAUCCCUCGGUUUCUCUAUAAAAUGAAUGUGUGGGUCAGGCAGGUGGCUCACGCCUGUAAUCCCAGCACUUUGGGAGGCCAAGGCGGGUGGAUCACCUGAGGGCAGAAGUUCAAGACCAUCCUGGCCCAACAUGGUGAAACCCUGUCUCUAUUAAAAAUACAAAAAUUAGCCGGGUGUGGUGGUGCAGGAGAAUCACUUGAACCCAGGAGGCGGAGGUUGCAGAGAGUUGAGAUUGAGCCGCUGCACUCCAGCCUGGGUGACAGAGCCAGACUAUGUCUCGAAAAAAUAUAUAAAUAAAAAUAAAAUG